AUUAAACUGAAGUGUCCUAUUUCCGUUUCGAAAGAAGUUUCAGUGUGAGGUUAGUGCUUCGUAUCUUAUUCAAGGAUUAGUGAUAAGUAUAUAUCACAAUACACUGUAAGAAUACUCAUGGGAUAGGGGGGUCGACGAUCAUACGUUGUAGAAAAAGUGGCGUUAAGUUUUCACCUGUGAUCGAGGUGUGAAAAAGUUUAUUCAACGAUUUUCUGUGGAAUGUGAAGAAUUUGAUAAUAUCAGUGGUGGAUAGAAAGGAAAAUAUUAUUUAAAAAUCAGUAGCUUGUCAGUGGAUCAUUUGUAGGAGAUAAUUAUAAAGAGUUAUUAAACAAUAUCAAGAUAUUAAUGUGAUGUGUAGUAUGAAGUCAAGGGUAGUGACAACAAAAUGAAUGGAAUAGCCUUGAGACAGCAACCACAUUAUCACAACAGUGUGUCUGCGUUAGGCUUGGCCAACAACGAGACCAAAUAUCGACCCUCCACUGCCAUCAAGACCGAAACACUGACAGACAAAUAUACAAUCAAGGGAGAGAUUGGCAGAGGGAAGUUUGCUGUGGUACGCAAGUGUAUCAAUAAUGAAACAGGCGAAGAGGUAGCGGCCAAAUUUAUCCGCAAGCGACGGAAAGGAAAGUCGUGUCGUGAUGAAAUCCUUAGAGAGGUGGUCAUGUUAGAGCUUGGGUUAGAGCAUCCCAGACUUGUGGAUCUCAAAGAAGUGUUUGAGACGCAAACUGAGCUCAUACUCAUCACAGAGUAUUGUGCUGGUGGCGAGUUAUUCACAGAGUGUGUGAUAGAGGAGUCCUUCAGUGAAGCUGACGUGGUCCGAUUCCUGGCACAGAUCCUAGAGGGCCUCGACUACCUCCAUGAAAGAAAUAUAGUGCACUUAGAUCUUAAGCCCCAGAAUAUAUUAUUUACAAAGCCAUUUCCCCAUGGGGAUAUUAAAGUCUGUGAUCUCGGCUUUGCCUGUCUAGUUAACACAGGGGAGGAUAUUAGAGACAUCAUUGGUACUCCAGAUUAUGUAGCUCCAGAAGUGCUGUCCUAUGAACCUCUUGGUUUGUACACAGAUAUGUGGAGUCUGGGAGUACUGACGUACGUCAUGCUGACCGCCCAUUCACCGUUUGCUGGUAAGGACAAUCAGGAGACUUUCCUUAACAUAUCACAGGUCAACCUGGACUUCCCCGAAAGUCUAUUUAAGGACACAUCGCCCCUGGCCCAGGACUUUAUCACCAAGUUACUGGUCAAAGACCCAGAGGAAAGAUUGACUGCCAAACAAUGUUUACAACAUCCUUGGGUAGCUGGCCGAGUGGAUCCUGAAAAAAUCCUCGAGAUCUCCAUUGAAGAAAAAGGAGAAAUGGAGGACUGUGACAAAUCAGUGUUCACCAAUCAGGACAAAGAAAGCGAAUUCAGUGUAACCAAUGAAAACAGUUCUGAGUGUGAACCAUCCAAUCAGAGUUCGGAAAAUAGCAGGUUGAACAAAGAAAAUCCAGAAGAAGUGUUAAAGGAAAGUUUGAAAGAAAACAUUUCAACGGAAAAAGAUACUUGUCAAGAAAAAGACUUGAAGAAGUUAAUUCUGUGUUCAAACAUUUUGGAUAAAGUGACAGAAGAAAACAGCUCUUCAAUGUGCAAUGAAAACAUAGACACUAGUGUGUGUCAUAGUUGUAAGCAUAUAUCUGAUUGGUCUUCCACUGGAGAAGACAAUAUGGAACUUGCUGAGGAUAUCGAUAAUAAAGUGUCCCUGGUGUAAUGAUUUAUUUUUUUGCUGUAAAAUGCUAACAUUUUUAUAGAGGAAUUUUUAAAAAAAAAAAUGGUCGUAUUUUGGGAAAUAUAGCCAGGGUUUUUGUAAUACAGUUAAGUUUCAACUGGUUAUAUAAAAACACAUUAGGAAAAUUUUCUUUUUAUUUUCUGUAGACAUGAGCUUGGGUUACAGUCAAAGAUUUUUGUUCACUCACUUUGCCAUUAGAUGGUGCAGUUUGAAUAUGUCUUCAAUGGGCUGUAUACAAUGGAAGGUGUUUUGUCUAUUUACAUGAUUUAGUAAGCUACUUAUAUGUCACAGAGUAUAUUUCGCUUCAUGUAAUUGUUAAAUUGUUGAGAAUUCUUUUAACAAUUGUGACCAAGCUUACACCAAGUUUUUUUUUCUUUUAUUACACAUUAUGUGUUGUUCUGUCUUUAAUAAUUUUCCAGGAUUUGUUAGAAAAUAAGUCAUUAAAAAAUUUGGGAUCAAAUCCAUGUCAGAUAUAAAUAUGAUUAUAUAUGUAUAUUUUAACUGUAUUAUGAGUACAUUGAUCAGAUCCACAGUGGACCAAAGAGAAAUAUCUCCUCACGUAGCAAUAGUUUACAUGUAGUUUAUUUUUUUCCCUUGUGAACAAAACACAAGGAUUUACAAAUGAUUCCAAUGUUUAUCUACAUUCAAUGUCACGUAUCUAAAUGUGUGUACUAGGGUCCAGUGAAACUUGAAUAAUGAAGGUGUUUUUCUUUCCUGGUUCAUUUGUGGUAGUGAAAUUAUUUGUGUGUGUAUUUUGUUAUAGGUACAUUUGGUUUUGCUGCACUUUGUUAUCAGUUUCAUGACAUUUCAGAAACAAUAUCUCAGACAUUUUUUUCUCAUAUGUAUCUCAGGCUUUUUGCACUUUUUCAGCUGGUUUACUUUAGUAACUUGUGUUAUACCUGCCCCACACUUCCACUCUUCAGAGAGUGGUUGCAUUCAAGCAGUGUUACUUUGUGUCCCUUUUCCAAAACCCUUACAUUUGGCAACAUCCACAUAAAUAUGGGGGAUUCUUACUGUAGAAGUCUGUCUUUUCAUGUAUGUACCACAAAGUAAGCAGAACUAGAGAAAAAAGGAGGCAGUUCUUAUAAGGGAUUAAAAUAUUUUGCAUUCAUCAGAUGGAUAAUUAAAAAAAAAGUAAUUAGACAUGUAUAUUUAAAAAAGAAAAAAAACUUAUCUUCAUAUUACAUAUUCAGUUUUUAAUUUUCUUUUUUUCUCCCAAAAUUUUAACAUAAUUGCUCACAAAAUCAAUGCUAGAAAUUUUUUCCAUUUUGUCAUGUUUUCAUAGGGCAAAGAUUAAUUAAUGCAAUUUAAAGCAAUAUUUUUGUCUGAUGAUUAGGGUUAAUAAAAUUAAUAUACAUUUUUUUACACACUGUAAACAUUCCCAUACACAGUUUUUUUCAGGGUACAGGGAAACAUCUAGUGCAUCAUCUCUCAGGCAUUAAAUAUUUAUCAGGCAUUCUAAUUGUAGGGGGAAAAUGUAGUGGUAAAAGAUUUUUGCAUUCUAAACAAGAUGGGAAAAUAUUGGAGAAAGAUUAAUUUGUCAAUAGAUAAACCCAGUAUGUCUUUGUAGACUCGAUACUUUGUCAUUAUAUCAGUUUUCGGUUUGUGAUGGAGUUAUUCCCCCCUCCAUACACUUCAGUCAUUUUUGUUAAUGUAACCUAUGAGCUCUUUUGUAUUCCACUGAAAGCUAACACUUUAAUGACAUAUCUCAAGCUUAUAUUAUAUCUGUUUGCAAAUUGUAACCAUGGUAACCAAGAAAUGGAUGCAAGAGUGCCAAAGUGCGUGACAUAUCUAUCAGGAGAACCAGUACACUUUUUUUUUUUACAUGUAGGGUCCAAUAGAUUUUCUUUUGUCUCAGUGACUUGUGUUGAACCACUCCAAAGAGGAAACCAAUUCCAUUGUUGUAUUAUGAUUUUAUAGGUACUCGCAUACUGUGUACAGCUUAGAUAGAUGUGUAUGAUAGUCUCCCCUGAUCGUCUUGCUUUCGUUUUUUUUUUCUCGUUGUGUAUGUAGGUGUGAGAUACUUGUUAAUAUAUUUGCAGUAUCUAUGCAAAAUUAUAUUUUUGCGUAUGCUUUGUUGCUUUUUACUAUGUUUUUAGUAACUUGGACAUUCAACUGAUGGGGUACACACAGUUUUUAUUUGAAUAAGACAGAUAUUGAUAAUAUUGUCAUAAAUUUUCAUAUUCAGAGGAGGGUUUUUUUUCUUCUAAAAUAUAUGAUAUAUAUAUUGCAUUUUUAUUUUUACAAGAUCACGUAAAGUGCUUCUCUGGCUUAGUUUUCACGUCUGUUGGCCACUUGUCAGUAAUUAAUUUCUGUUGUUACAUGUAUAUUCUAAGUCUGCUUAAAAAGAAAUUUUUGUGCCUCUUUUACAAAAUGCGCCAUUUUUAAAAACUUAACAGGAACCCCAUUGAGACAUUGAAAAAACAGAAUCUAAACUACAGAAAGAUUCUUGUUCAAUAAUUUGAUUAUUCAUAUAGCCAAACUGUUGUUAAGGAAAAGAUUUUUACUUCCAUGAAUUUUCUUAACUGUGCAAAUUUAAUGAAAGGACAUUUAUAUUUAACAGGCAAUAAGGUACAUAGAAGAACACCCCAUGUUCCACUGUAAGCUGAAAAAUUCUGUCCCAGCAAUUAUGUGCUAUAAAGGAACAUUCUGAAAGUUUAUCUUUUGUUUGAGCACAGUGUAAAAACAAAGGGGGAGGGGGAAUUCCCUCGAGAUAAAAGUAUGUGACUUUUUCUUUCAAACUUACAGUACAAAGGAAAUCAAUAAUUAUGAAUUUUUACAAGAGGAAGUAAUGUGUUUUUACACAGAUCUGUUUGUUAAAUAGGUGUGUAUGAAGUUGAAUGGACUAACUUUAUGUACACAGGAAAUAUUUUUAUGUCACAUUUUUUUUUAUUAAAAGCUGUGCUUGAGUUCAUUACAACACUUUUAAUCACUGAUAGGAAGUGUGAACAAUGUACUUUAUUGGUAUACAUAUAUCAUCCUUUUAGAAUAUAUCUACCAAUACUUAUUGUCAAAUAUUUAAGAACCAGUUUUCAAUCCUUAAACCACAAUAGUACACUAUUCAAUAAGAGUACUAAGUAAAAAGAUAAAAGUGUCUUGGAAUGAUUUCAGUAAAUAUACUCUCUUUCAGUUUAUUGUUCUUGUGUAAAGUGCAGAUUUCAUCAAUCAUGAAUUUAGGGAUUCAGUCAAUCUUACUGAUUUCCUGAUCAAAUUUAAAGAGACUAAAUAAUGAAAAAAAAUUGUUACUCUGUAGGAUAGUGGGAAGAAUACAGGCAUAAAAAUAAUUGAUUCUUCUGACUCUUUGAUCAUUUAUUAAUUCACUGAAGACAUACAGAAUCACUUUGUUAAACUUCAGACGUGUAAAAUUUUAUAAAACCAGACAAGAGCACAAAUAAUUUUGCAAAACAAUGUAGACUGUAGUACAGUCUGAGAUUUCUCAUUAACAGAUGCACUUCUAAAAGGAUAUUUCAGAAAUUAUGUUUAUGUGCACUUGUAUUCUGAUAUAGAUUCCAUACAUUUUUUUUUCCUCUGUUGAUGUUUUAUGUGGGUGUCUUACGUUGUGUAUAUUUUCGUUAGAGAUAGUCCACAUUUUCUCUGUCAGUUUUUCUCCCCCCUGUAUUGAUGCUAUUGUUACUGGUAGACAUAUUUUUAUUUUAUACAAUUAACAAGUAGAAAAAUCCGCAAUAAAUCAUUGCAAGCUAUGAAA